AUGUGUCUCUUGUAUCCACCAUAUGUGAUUGCUACCGCUGCACUUUACUUACCUAUUGCACUUAAAGGAGGUGGUCAAUAUGGCGAUAACAAUUCUUCAAAUGGUAAUAGCGCACAAGGUGUAGUUACAAGAGGUGCUAAAAGAGGUGCUACUUCUGCUGUCACUAAUAAUACCAAUAAUAGUAACGAGACUACUAAAGUAAAAGACAUAAGGCAAUGGUUCGCAUUAUUGAAUGUUGAUUUGGAUCAG